AUGGCCUUCCUCCAGGAUGAGAAGCUCAGCUUCCCGCGACGAGUGCUUGCUCGCGUUGUCAAGUGCUGGUUGUUUGAGGCCUUCUUUGCCGUGGUGAUCCUCUCGAACUCCAUCUUCAUCGCGGUUCAAGUGGAAGCGGCCUCCAGGGAUCCAGGUGUUGACCAGGAUGUUGGCUUCUUCUUGGCGGGCUCUGUCUACACCUUCCUGUUUACACUGGAGCUCCUGCUCCGGGUAAUGGUGUAUGGCCUGUCGGUCUUCAUUGGACCAGACUGGGCGUGGUUACUUUUGGACUUCCUCGUGGUAUCAUCGAGCCUGUUUGAGUUUGUCCUGGAGAUUUCCCUGCAACAGCAAGAGGACAGCACCAGUGUGCUGACGAAUAUGCGGCUUCUUCGCAUUCUGCGCAUUGGCAGAAUCACGCGGGCAAUACGCGUGGUGAGGCUUGUCAAGUUCAUCCGGUCACUCCGGCAGCUUCUAUACUCCAUUGGACAAACCCUGAGAGCCAUGGCAUGGUCCGUAGUUCUGCUUGGGCUCAUCAUCUUUCUGUUUGGCCUGAUAUUCACGGACAUCUCGACUGAAUAUCUGACGGGAGACACGACCGAGCUCUCAGAGGUCGCCCAAGGUUUCAUCGUGUAUCGAUUUGGUGGUCUCGAGAGAUCCAUGCACACGCUCUAUGCCUCGAUUACAGGAGGAUUGACGUGGAUUGAAGCCCACGACGCGCUGGCACAAAUAUCCAUUUUCUGGGGUCUCCUUUUUGAAGCCUACAUCGCCUUCUGCACUUUCGCUGUGCUGAACGUGAUGACAGGUGUUUUUUGUCAAAGUGCUAUGGAGAGUGCAGAGAAAGACCACGAGCUUGUGUUGCAGAACGUUGUCCAAGAGAAGGCAAAGUACUUCAGGGCGGUGCGCCGUCUGUUUGCACAGUUGGACCAAAAUGGAGAUGGCGGCAUCACUGCCAAGGAAUUCGAGGUCGCGCUGGAAGACCCUGCGCUGAUGCAUGUAUUUGCUGCCUUGGAAAUCAGCGCAGAUGAUGCCUGGGCUUUGUUUACCCAGCUGGACUCAGAUGGCGAUGCCCACGUCGAUGCCGAGGAGUUCCUGGAAGGCUGCAUGCUUCUCAAAGGACCUGCAAGGUCGAUAGAUGUCAUGGGCAUCAAGCGUGACGUUGCAGUUGUCAAGCAUCGCUUGGGCCAGGUCUUCGCAACGUUGCGAUACCCGAACUGA